AUGAACAAUAAAACAAGGGUAAGUGAAUUCACACGAAAAUUAUAUGUAUGUACAUAUUUUAAUUUUCGAAAAAAAUAAUUUAUAAAUUGAAAACAGAUGUGUGUUGUGACUUCUGUCUAUUCUAUUCUAUAUAUAAAUAAAAUGUGUUUAUUUUUCUGUCGGUUUCAUUUUUUCUUUCGAACGUGCCAUCCACGAACUAACUAUAAUAUGACAGAAAAAAAGAAAGAGUUUGAGAGUUUUGUUUAUUUAUAGAUAGUUAAAGAUGUAAGAAACUACGUCAAAAAUGGUAUUUGCACACUUUUCAAAUGAAAUUGAACACUGACCCUUUUUUCUAUUUUCAAAAAAAAAAACAGAAAAAAGCUUAUUUUUUUGGGUGUCACAUAUUUGAUCUACAAAAUUUUGACUUUUUCUCGAAACAAGUUUUCAUAAACUUGUUCUUUUUUUGAAAAAAGGAAAUGAAAGGUGAAAGUUAGUCAAUCUGUUACGCUUCACAAUAAAGUGAGACAAACAUGAUUUUGUUUAUUUUUUGGAAAUGUUUGAAAAAAUAAAAAUUGGCUCUUUAUCUUAUCAAUCUCAUUUCUUCUUAUGUUUUUGAAAGUUGUUUGAAAUAUUAUUAGUUUUCAUCAUUUCUGAUUUGUUGUUGGUUUUGUUGAAAAAAAUCUCUUUGGAGUCUUUGGAUAAAAAUUAGGCCAGAAGUUCACUUUGAUCUUUCAAAAUCGAGUUUUUCGAAUCCCUUGCUCUACAUAUUUUCGAUUUUCUGCUUGUUGUUUAUUUUUUCAAAUGCUUACUCACUUUUGGUGUCUCCAGGGGUGUCGUAUCGAUUUUAGCUUUCUUCUUUCUAUUUCUUCCUCUCCCAACUUUCUUUUUCUUCUUUUUUCUUCCUUUUUUCUAUACAUGUACACAUGGUUGUGUUGGUUGUAUCGAAUUUCUUUCGCUGCGUGUGGUCUUUAUUUAUUAGCAGACGAAAAAAGAAAAAAGAAGACGAAUAUAAUAUUAUACAUUUUUGAAUAUUGUCUGCGCAGCGCGAAGCGAGAAAAAUCAUAUAUUUUUUCCUUAUAUUUGCUUGCUCUGCUGUUUGACUAUAAAGUAAAUAUAAUAUCUUCCAACAUUUGUUGUUUUUUGGCGCCAGAAAGACUGGAAAAAUUUUGCCGAAAAAAAAUCAGCUGACUUUUUUCAUUCUGCAGUGUCAUGGAAAAAUUAUUUGUUCAUUUUGUUUGUGUUCAAUUUUUUGGUUGUACUUUGGUUUGAUUUUUGAUGUUGUCUUGUGUUUUUAUUUUAUAAGCAGGCAGGAUAAUCCAUACAUUUUAGGGGGUAGAAUUAAGGAUUUAGUUAGUCUCAAAUAUAUUUCAUCUUUUUCGUAUAGCUAUGUAUGUGGUUACAUUGUUAUCAACUUGAAAAGUAUAUUUGAUCGGCUACAGUACUCACCAAAGAAAACUUUGCUUUUUUAAUUGCAAAAAAUAACUCUUAUCUUUAUAUUUUUCGAACAAAAACAUUCACUGAUAACUUAUUAUUUGUCGCUGAAACUCUCAUUUUCUUUCCCCAUUUCAUGAACCCCUCUUCCAUCCUAGAUAUUUCGACUUUUUCAAAAUAAACAAAGAAAUUUAUAAUAUUAUUUAUUCCUCCGAUGUCCAUAUUUGUUUUCACUUUUCACAGAAGUGAAUUAAAAAAAUCGAUUUUUCCUGAAGUAAUGUUAGUGUUUUUCAAGAGCGGAAGGAUGGUAAUCUAAUUAAAUUCAGGUUUUUUAUUGUUUUUUUCGUCUACUGAAAUCGAAAAAUAAUCAAUUCGAUUUCUCAUUUUGAUUUGAGCAUUAUUUGUUUUUGAGCUUAGCUAAGCUGAUAGUAUUUUUUUGCUCGAGCUCAAAACAAAGCAAGAGAAUAUUAUCUCUAUGCUAGAUCUUUCAGUGAUUUUUCAACAUGUUAUUUAGAAUCUCUCCACCAAAAAGAUCAAUAAACCCCAGCUUUUCUCUAAAUUCUCACCACUUCACCUACUAUUUCUUCAACUUCACCAUUCAAAAAAGGAAGCAGUCUUCUUCGUCUUCUUCUUCUUCUUUUCCAUCGUCGCCUUCGUCGACAACAUCUGUCACAAUAAUAUAAUUGUUAUUCUGAACACUGCGUCUCUAACCCCCUCAAUAACACCUCGUGGUCUAUAUUUCUCUCAACUCUUCCUCUUUUUCUCUUCGAUUCUCAAGCAGCACACAACAGUCCAAUAACAACAGAAAAAAAUGAGAGAAUUGCAGCAAUCUAUCUUUUCUCUUUUAUUUUUUCUGUUAUUUUUUUCUGGAACAAAAAAAAACUUUUGUCAUAUGACCGAUCUUCAGUUCCGACCCGAUGACACCCACUUUCUUUUCGUUUUCUUUGAUUUUGAGGCGGACACAAAAGGUGUCAAUUUUGAAAAAUAUGUAGAUUAUUUUCAGGCUCAGCGCGGUCUCCCUCUUCCUCCUUUCAUCAAACCUGUUUUCAUGUCCGUUCAAGACAAAAAUGUCGGAUUUGACCUCAAGUGAGUUUGUUUUUCAUAAUUUGUAGGAUCAUCAAAAAAUUGUUUGAUAUUAUCAGUCAAAGUGGCGCCAGUAAAUAAUCUGAUAAUGAGCAGUAUUCAGAAAAUGAUAAUUCACAAGGGAUUUGUGUUUUGCUAAUCAGUCAACCGAUUUUGACCAAAUCAGUCUGAUCGAAAUCAAAUUACUGUAGAAUUUUAGGAUUUAAAAAUGUGCUGCUAGUACAAAACUAAACAAGAAAUCCAUCAGAAUGAAUCUAAAACUCAAAGAUCAAACAAUUCGAUCUUCGAAUUUUUUUAAAAGUUUACUCUACUUCCGAAUUCAAAAUUUUGUUUUUCGAGAAUUUUCCAAGUUUUCUCCUAGGGGACUUUUUUUUCCAUAUUGAAAAUAAACAUUAAAACUAAAGAAAGUGAAAACCCCUUUUUAUAGUUGUACUGAAAUGGCAUGUUGUCGUAAAUCACAAAGAUCGAAAAUCUCUUUCUCUCUUCUUUCGCAAUAAUUCUUUCCAGACAAAAAAAACGCAUAAAAUUGUGUCAUUUCUCGAAACAUGCGCAAUCCAACAGAUGUGUGAACACCAUCUGGGAACUUUUCCUUUUCAUGUUGGCCACCAAAAAAAAAUGUCGUAUCAAAUGUCUUUUUUGUUCUUUGAUCGGCCAGGUGUCAGUCAUGUGAAUAGCAACAUGAAUAUAAUAAUAAUACUGUAUUUGAUCAGACUACAUAUUGAUUGGAAUUAGCAUAUUUACUUGAAGAGGUUUUUAAAUAAUAAAUGACAAUACACUCGUGUGUAUUUGGACUACACUAUAGUUUGAUAGUUCAUUGAAACAGAAGAGAGGAGAGAUAUGUUUCGCCAUGACGUCAAUAAGUUGAGAUGACAACAAAAGGCGGUGAAGAGGUACAGGAAUUCAGCAAAAAUGAUCUGUGGAGUCACGUGGAUCCAAAAAUAAAUAGACAAAAUCGUAUGACUCAAUUAAGAUUACAAAUUUUUUGUUGGACGUCACGUGAUUUUUUGAACAAAAAAACUUUUCUUUCGAAGUCCACUGGUCCCUUCCAAUAACUAAUUUUCCCUAGAAAGAGUAUUGAAACAAGCAAACACCGUGUUGACGCUUUUCUAGUUUGUAUUGUUAAAUCACAAGAACAUUUAUUUUCAUCUCUGUUUCUCUCGUUUUUUAUAAUAUACAACCCACGAGGGCAUAUGGUCACAUGCCCUCUUCCCAGCCAACACACAGACAUUUAUAAAAGAAAUAGUUUUUUCGGCUGUUUUCAUUCGAAACAUUCAAAACCAACCGAAAACAUGCUUACUACUACUAAUAUUUUCACACCGUACCCAUCGACCAGUUUUUUGGUUUCUAGAAGGUUUUUCAUUUUUUCAAAGGGUGAAUUGUAGAAAUUAUCAGAAAGCCUAUAAAUGUUUUUUGAAAUAAAUUCUCAGAUUCACAAAGUUUAGAACAAAAACUUUCUUUAUUUCAAAAAAAAAAAUUAAUUUUUUUUCAGUGAAACCGAAUUUCCGGAACUGAGUGCAAAAUUGACAGGAAGGAAGGAGAAGGGCAGACGUAGUGCUGUAGCUGCUCGCCAUGCGCGUCAAGUUGAAAAAGCCGGUGCGAUGCUCGUCAAAACCAUCGACGAUCCUCAUCGUGUUCUUGGCCGUCGUCGUGUUCAACGUGUCAACCAAAUCAGCGAUGGUUUCGCAACCAAUGUCAUCUAUUCGUUGAACAAACAAAACCGUUGGGACAAUGUUACGGAAUUGGAGUUGCUCGUUAACAACGACGACACUUUGCCUGUCCAAAUUGUUGAACGUGUUAUGACGGCUAAAGGUGAGAUUGAACAUCUAAAUAAAACAUACAGUUCAAUCAUAAUUUUCGAACUAGUUGAUAACAAAAUCUGAUAAAACCACAAAGUACCACUUUCAAUUCUAAAGUCCAUUUGACCUUGUGUUUUUUUUUAGAUACAACAUCGAAUGUGGUUGCUCUUCAUCAACUUGAUGACAACGAUGAAGUUUGCGUUAAAACCGCAACCGGCAAAGGUACCAAUCUGAAUGCUCUUAACAUCGGAGAAGGAAAGAAGGUGCGCGGAAGAAAAGCAAGAAAAGAGGCGGAAGCUGAGGCUGAAGCUUCGAGUGCUGAAGAAAGUUCGCAUGAAGAAGUUGAGGAUCCAAAGAUCCAAUAUACUAUCUACAAACCGCACAAGAAUCAUAAAGUUCUUGCUGGCAAAUUGUUCAACCGCAAUUACAACACCAAAAAAGCGGGAAAGACGCGUAGUCAACAAAAAGUCAAGAUAAAUAUGGAUGAAUUGGAAGGAAGUGAGCUCGAACAAAGUGUACAUAUUGAAGAGCCGCUUUACAAACCAUCUAGAGAUUUCAAAUUUUGUCUAGGUGAUUAUAUAACUGAUUCGGAUAAGCCGAUGAAAAAUGAUCUCGUCUAUGUUAGACGCGAAAGUAUUGAAAGUGUCAAUCAGCCGGAAAGUAUGGAUGGAAAUGUUGGAGGAGAUUCACAAAAACCAUCAUAUCUUCUUGAUAUUUCGUCGAUUCUUCGAACACCUGUCGCAUUUGAAUGGGUACUUUUAGAUAUUUCCAACUGGAAUACAAGCGAUUUUGUUCAACAGGUGUGUUUUUUUGGUUGGAAGUGGAUGUGAUUAAAAAAUAUUGAAUUUUUGUAGGUCGAACAACUGUUGCAAAACGAUAAAUUGGAUGUUCAAUGGCUCGAUGAAGACAAAAAACGUGCAUCAAUCAAUGCUUCUGGACUUGUUUCAGAAGAACCACAAGCAGCUCCAGUUUUGAUUAUCGUUUUGGAACAAGCAAAUAGUGUCAAGAAGAAUCAUGUGAAAUUGCUCUUGAACUCAACUGUUGCUCCAACUGGACCAUUCUCGUGGCAAAUUCUCAAAUCAAUUUUGAAACAUUGCACAAAUCUUGAAGAUACUGUAAAGGUUCUUUCGACUUUGGUUCGAGAAUGGAAAGAUGGAAGUGCACCGGAAUUGGCUGAUGGAAGAAGAUUUGUGAAAAAUCGCUUCGAACAAUCUCGUUCCAAUUAUCAAGCGGCUUUUAAUAGUACUUCACUCACAAAAAGUGGAGAAGUAUUGACACCAGAAAAUAUGGCUGAAUUAGUCAGAACUGAAGGUAGAAACACUAGAAAUAAUAGUGAAUCAUUUGAAAGAAUCGAUUUUGAUAAUGAUGAUAUCGAAUUUGGUGAUUCGGAAAGUGAAGAAGUUUCUCAAAAAGUCAACACAUAUAAAAUCAAAUGUGCGAGAUGUUCAAACGAUCAUUCAACUGAAAUGUUCGAAUUGGAUGAUUCGUGGCAAUGUCGAGAUUGUUUGAGACAACAAAUUAUUGAGAAAAUUCGCAUGAAGCAAGUUCCUCUCGAAAUCCCAUUUGUUCUCGCUGAAGAUCAAUCAACUUAUGAUAUCUUACCAGCAAUUAUUCCACUUCCACUUCUCAACUUCUACACCAAGGUAAUUUAGAAUUUGAAAAAUAAAUAGCUAAUGUCAACGAAUUUCAGCUCAGCGCAACUGAAUUGGUCGAAAAUUACGAACUUGAACCAGGAGUUAUUGGAGAAUGUCCAUCUUGUAAACAAUUGAUAAUUGUAUCACCAAAUGAAUAUAAUUCAACAUGUUGUGAUUCAUGUGGAAUUCAUUGGUGUCAUGAUUGUGGAUUCGAACCACAUUGGCCAAUGACUUGUUCAGCUUAUGCUUUGUGGAUCGAAAAAUGGGAAAAAGAAUACAAACUUCAUAUUUUGGAGAAAACUGAUUAUAUCAAAAAGAUCAAAUGUUGUUGCGGAAAUAAUUUCGAAGUUCGCGACAAGGAUUUCGAAGCGGAAUGCAGUGGAUGUGGACGAGUAUUCAAUCCACAAACUAUGAAACUUCUCCAGAAAGCCUAUUGGAUUGUGGAUUCGAAGACUGGUGAACUUAUUCGAAGAACUGACAAUUCGGAUGACUAUACUCCACAAUCAGUGGAAACUGUAGCAGCCGCCAAAAUUAUCAAAAAAGAAUUCUCGGAAGUGUGUGGACAGGCGAGAAAAUUACGCUUCCAUGGUGGAACAUCGAAGAAAAACGAAUUCGACAAAUGUGUUCGAAAAAUGAAAAAUACUCACGCUGGCGUGGAAAUUUUACGAGAUCUUCGUAAAACGGUCCUGGUGAUCGUUGAAAAUGGUCUUGGUUUUGUAUAUAUGGAAAAGAAAAAAGAGGAAACUUUGGCGAUCAAACAAAGUUUGACUAAUUUAAUGAGACUUUGGCAAGUCUUGGAAGUUGAAAUUCAACAUCAAAGGUAACCAAUUUUUAAUUAAAAAAAAUUAUUUUCAAUCAAAAACUCUUUAAUUUUUUGCAGAACUGAUUUCAACGACCGUGUCGAAGAAGUUCAAUCAGCUCUUCUCAAAUCUUUGCAACUCAUCAAAAGUUUCCUCGAAAAAACUAUGUAA